GCUGAUGGUGAGGGCCUUCUAUUUUUCUUCUCUCAGAACCAAAUGCUCUUUUACUUUUUCUAUGCUUCUAUUUUUAGUUUUUUCUUCAUCAUUUGCGAGAUAAUUAGCCUAAAAUUCCAUGUAACUAAUAAUUUCGUCUGGGACACUAAAACAAUUGCGCUGAUCGUUUUCCUUUCCGGUAUUCACUUUUUAUUUCCUUUAGCUAACUCUUAUUUCUUGCUAACAAUUGAUAGGGAUCAGAUGCUACACUUUUCGCUAUUAUUCGUCGAAGCAGAAGAAUCUUUCUGAUUUUUUUUUUUGGCUCACGGAAGUAAGAGUAUCUUCCGGACAGGAUACUUCUACUUCAUGUGUCUCACUAGCGUCCAAGUCGCGUGAGCCGGGCAACGUUGCUUCUGCAGCAGCGGCUAAUGGUGAGGCUUCGGUUCGCGUCGGUAUCGCGUCAUAAGAGGGUGGUGUGAGCUAUCCGCCGUGAGGGUUGGGAAUCGCAUAAUCCGGUUCGCGGUCGCUUUCGGUGUUAGGUCGGUAAUCUCGCGUCAUGCGGGAGGUGUGAGCUAUCAUCCGCCGUGGGGUUGGGAGCAGUCCUCGUGUACCAGGCAUGCACUCUUUCGCUCUCUCUCUCUCUCUCUCUCUCUCUCUCUCUCUCUCUCUCUCUCUCUCUCUCUCUCUCUCUCUCUCUCUCUCUCUCGUCUAUUAGCAGCUAGGGAGUACUAUCAUGGAAUAGCUGUGUAGGUGUGAGCUACCGUUGUUAUCCUCUAUCUCUGUUUGAUGCAUGCUUUUUCUUCAGAUUCAAUAGUAUUAUCAUGCAAACCAAAUUAUGAUUAUGCAAUAAUUUGACGGUUUGCAACAUGUUAAUAGCGUCAGGUGAAGAAUUCAUGAUUAAUUUCAUUAUUACAAAAAAAAGGUUGGACUUUUUGGAUAAAAAUGUCCAAACAUUUUUUGUAAUAAUGAAAUUAAGUAUGAAUUCUUCACUUGUCUGUAGCGCCCUCGAAACUAACACCUCCUACCGCCCUUUAAUCUGAAAAUCACCCAAAGAACUUUUUUUUUUUAUUUUGUAGUAAUUAACAUGAACAAAAUAAACAGCAGCAACCCCACUGCCAGCAGCAGCAGCAGUGGCAGCAGCAGCAGUGGCAGCAGCAGCAGUGGCAGCAGCAGAAGUGGCAGCAGCAGCAGUGGCAGCAACAGCAGUGGCAGCAGCAGUAGUGGCAGCAGCAGCAGCAGCAACAACAACAGCAGCAGCAGCAGCAGCAACAGUAGCAGUGGCAGCAGCAGAAGCCGCCAAGUUUCUGCGAAGAAGGCUAGGCUGAGCCCUUCAUUGCUGUACUCGCCGCUGCCCCGAACGCCAACAUCCUCGUUGGAGAGGCCAAUGACGCCACGAGCCGCGGUUACGCCACGGUCGUCGGUUCUCCAACCGGUUGUUGGCUCCAACGGCUGCUCCAGAGCUCGUCGUGGGGCGAGGCGAAACUUGGCCGCCGAGUAUGUCGGCGACCAAGAGAACGUAGACCCGACAGCUCCACCAGAAUUAUCACUAUUUGAUGAAUUGGAGGAAUUUUUGGUUCUUAGGAAUGCGAUCACAGCAGGAGGAGCACAGCAGGAGGAGCAGCAGCAACAACCGCAACACCUCGAACCACUACCACAACAGCAACAGCAAUCACCAGAACAGCAACAUCCACUACAACAUCAACAACCACCACCACAACACCAACAACCACCACAACAUAUUCAACCACCACAACACCAACAACCACUACCACAACAGCAACAGCAAUCACCACAACAUCAACAACCACCACCACAACACCAACAACCACCACAACAUAUUCAACCACCACAACACCAACAAUCACCACCACAACAGGAGCAGGCACAGCUGCAAGAUGACCAAGAAGAGCAGCUACCUCCCCCCUUACCUCCUCACCCGAUACCGGAAGCGGUAGCGAAUGGCUUCCGUGGACCGCAGAGGAGGUCUAGGGGAAAGUUUGCCCACAAUCGGGACUUCAUAAGGGAGUUAGAACCGAUGCCGGAUCUGGAAGGCUACCCGGUCGGCAACCUGAAAUUUUGUACUGCUACACAUGUGCGUAAAGCACUAUAUGUAGCAGCCAAUUUUUUCAGGUUGACGGGCGGGCGGUUUCCUCGUCAGACAGACCGUAUGCAAAAGUCAUACCAUGCGUGUCUACGCACCGUAGACAAGCAUGUUUGCGAGAUGGGGGCACAGAAGUUUUCCCUGUACGGUCUGUCUGUAGAGGAAGCCCAAGCCUUUUAUGAUGCGGCAUAUGGGAGCUACCUUAUGAGGAAAAAUGAUCCUACCCGAAGGGGUAGACGACGAUGAAGCUUUGUUGCACACAUGCACGCACACACAUACACAUGCACGCACAUACACAUGCACAUACAUACGUUCCACAUGCAUACACACAUACACACAUACACACAUAUACACGCAAAUACAUACGUUCCACAUGCGCAUACACACACAUGCACAC